AUGGAGUCAACAACCACUACUACUACAACCACAUCAACUGGUGAUAAUAAACCACCACCACAACAACAACCACAACAACAGAAACAACAAAAACCAAGAACAGAUAAACCAAGAACAGAUAAACCAAAAACAGAUAAACCAAAGACAGAUAAACCAAAGCAACCAAAACCAUCUCAACUUGAAAAUGCUGAAAGUGUGAAACCACCACCAAAACCACAAAAUCAUAGAAAUUCAAAACCAAAAGCAUCAAAUCCUGAUGCUAAUAAUAAUAAUAAUAAUAAUAAUAACAAUGAAUCAGUAUCAAAUGAAUCAAAUGAAUCAAAUGAAAAAAAACAACAUAGAGGUGGACAUGGUCAUAGUCAUAAUCAUAAUCAUAGUCAUGGACACCGACAAGGUCAUGGACAUAAUCAUGCCCAUGGUCAUGGUCAUGGUCAUGCACAUGGUCAUGGACAUAGUCACAAUAAUAACAAUAGUAAUAAUAAUAAUAAUAAUAAUAAUAACAGAAAACAAACCACAACUACAACAACAACAACAACAUCAACGAAUAAUAAUCAAUCAGUUGUACCAACUAAGAUUUUAGAAUAUUUUAGUGAUAAAAGUUUCUCAACAUUAUUAGAUAUGAAAAGAUUUGAAUCAGAACCACCAAUAACAGAUAAUUGUAUAGUAUGUUGUGAUCCAAUAGUAUUCUAUGGUAAGGGUAUUUGUGAACAUGUUGAAGUUUGUUCAUUUUGUUUACUUAGACAAAGAGAACUCUAUAAGGAGAUGAAAUGUUGUAUUUGUAAAACCGAAUCAAAGACUAUCAUUAUCACCAAAGACAAGGAGAAGAAAUUUGAAGAAUAUGAUAAAUCUAAAUUAGCAUUCAAUGGUAGAUUGAAUGCCUAUUGCACCGAUGCAGAAUUUGAGAAAUCAUUAGCAAGACUUUGGGAACCGAUUUGUCAAGUUUGUAAUGCACAUUUACCAUCGAUCAAAAAGUUAGAACUCCAUCUAACCACUGAGCACGCUUUAAUGUUUUGUCAAAUUUGUUUAGCCGAUAGAAAAGUAUUCCUAGCGGAACAAAAUGUAUACGAUCCAAAGAAAUUACCCAUUCAUAUGUCUGAAUGGGAUGGUGGUGCGGGUAUUACAAUCGUUGGUAAGAAAAAGGGUCAUCCAGCUUGUAAAUUCUGUAACAAAUACUAUUAUGGCAAUGAUCAACUCUAUGAUCAUUUGAACAAGAUGCAUUUCUCUUGUUUUGUUUGUGAAAGUAAAGGUUUACUCUAUCAAUAUUUCAGUGAUUAUCCAAAGAUUCGUCAUCAUUUCAAUGAUGAACAUUUUCCAUGUAUGCAUCCAGAAUGUUUAGAAAAGAAAUUCAUAGUUUUCCCUGAUGAAUACUCUUUGAAAUCUCAUGAAAUCUCAACUCAUUUAGAUACAAGUAAAAUGUCAAAAAAUCAAAAACGUAGUGCUACUCAAGUUAACAUUACUUUUGAUAGACCUUCUCAUUCAACUUCAAAUAAUAAUCCAAUAAUUCCUUCAGCUGAUGCUUUUAAUACGAAUUUAAAUGGUCAACAAAUUAAUUUACCAAGAACCACAACAACAACAACAACCACAAGAACUACAACUACUACAACUACAACUUCAUCAAAUAAUAACAAUUAUAAUAAUAAUAAUAAUAACAAUAAUAAUAAUAAUAAUAAUAAUAAUAAUAAUAAUAGAUUAAAUACAAGAAAUUUAUUAAAUGCACCAGCACCAUCAACAUUUAAUCCAGAUUUUCAUAAAGAAAAAGAAAAAGAGAUUACACAAGCUGAAGUUGAUGAAAGAAAUAAAAAAUUAGUUUCAAAGAUUCAAGAGAUUUUAAAUAAUGACAAGAAAUAUCAAACUUUUAAAUCAUUAUCUGUAGAUUUUAAAAAUGGUAAAUUGGAACCAAAUGCUUAUUAUACAAAGUUUUUAGGUUUAUUUGGUACUAAAGCAAAUGAUAUUUUCGAUGAAUUAAUUGCCUUAUUACCAAAUCAAGCAAAGAGAGAAGCUUUAUCACAAAUUCAUUCAUAUAUGAAAGUAGUAGAAGAACAAUAUCCAUCACUUAAUGGUGCAAUUGGUUCAAAUAAAAAAACUAAAAGUAAUGCAAAUCCUUCAAAUAUUUGGUCAACUGGUUCAUCUGCAAAUUUAACUUUAGUAAAGAAUAGACCAUCUGAUGGUAUUAUUAGUUAUCCAGGUUAUUUAAAUAAUUUUAGUAAUAGCAGUAGUAGUAGUAGUAGCAGCAGUAAUGGCAGUAGCAGUAAUAAAAAUAAUAAUGCAGCAUCAAAAAUUAAACAUCAUAAUGAUAACUCUGCAACAUCAAUGGCUUAUAGAUUAACAUCAACAAGAUAUGUACCAAGAACUGGUGAUUCUGAUGAUGAUGAUGAUGAUGAUGUUGAUUCAUACCCAUCAUUAUCCUCAAGAUUUAGUGGUGAUAGUUAUACAAGUUCAAAUAACUUUUCAAAGGUCCAAGUUGAAAGUAAUUCAAAUAAACAAAGUUUAGCUUCAACUUUAUCAAAAGUUAAUAUUUCUUCUUCUUCCUCCUCCUCUUCUCCAUCUUCAACAGUACCACCAUCAUUAAGAGUUAAUAAAGCUCCAACAAAUGAUACUGAAGAUUUCCCUUCACUUCCAGGACAAGAGAAUUUUAUUCCAAAAAAGAAGACUACCCCACCACCAAAAGAAACUCAAGAUGAUCAAUACAUUAAAAAAGGUGGUAAACAAAAACAAGUUUUACUUAGAUUUGGUUAA